GCAGAAUAUCGUAAACAAUUCGCAUUUUUCUGUAAUUUGACAAAUUAACUUCGAAAAAUGAAUGCGCCACCAACAUUCGAAUCAUUCCUGCUGUAUGAAGGCGAGAAGAAAAUCAUUAAGGAAUUGGAUACAAAAGUGACAAAUGCGGCAAUAUUUACAAUAAAUAAGGAGGAUCAUACUCUGGGAAACAUGAUCCGCAACCAACUGUUGAAGGACCCGAAUGUUUUGUUUGCCGGCUACAAAGUGCCCCAUCCCCUGGAGCACAAGUUCGUCAUCAGAAUCCAGACUACGGCGGACUACUCUCCACAAGAAGCCUUCAUGAAUGCUAUUACCGAUCUGCUGGCUGAGUUGUCCCUUUUCGAGGAGCGAUUUAAGGAUGCCAUUAAGGAGAAAAAGGAGGGCGGAGAUUAACUUUAAACUAUAAUUAAAAGCCAAUAAACUCUCUCUUUCGUUCCACAUUAUAA